GAAACUAUUGUACAACUGUAUUAUGUCACGAAUAUGUGUACCUAGUCUAUGACGUGUUGACUUCCAGGAACUGGUUUCUCCAUCUAAACAACGAACAACCUCAUUCACCACUUAAAUUUCGUCUGUCGAAUCUUGCUAUUUACAUCCCCUUAAAUUGAUAUCCAACAUGUAUAUCCCAUCAGCGCAGAGUGUCCUAACCGCAGGCUUAGCUUUGAGCGGUGUUCUCAACGAACCUCGUACCGUAAUUGACGGCUCAGUUCUCGACUAUACAGUCGAAAAGUGCAAAGACAGCGAAGGCCACACGCGAUGCUCGAAGCCAUUUGUUGUUACUAAAUCAACAUGCUACCAACUAGAAUGGCGCACAGAGGGCGCGCUAACGCAUACUACGGCUGAAGUACGCGAUGCUGGGUCUGGUGAAUUGGUGUUUUAUCGGGAUACCAAUGGCGAUUGGACCCCGGAGAAGGGAGAGCUCGUUUAUCUCGACUUCAAGCCGAAGGUUCCGGCUACGGGGAACCAGACUGUUCACUACGUAGUCAGGACUUGCGAGUGAGGUCUGAUUGGCCUAUUGACGGUGUUACUUUAUUUCAGGACGAACGGGAGAAUUCUACCGGGUUUGCGAAAUUGAAAACGAUCGAUAGUUUAUUUUUAUUUUUUAAGGUACAAUAUGGCGUUCGAGUCUAUUUUGUUAUAUGGCGUCGCUUGUACCUUAAUGCACUUCAACAUUAACUCGGUAGGAGGAAAUU